ACCUCAUCUGGAAUACUCUGAAGAAACUGCGAGUUGACCCGGGAGACAGACAUGAAGAGUUUGGCGACGUGAAGAAGGUGGUGACAGACGAGUUUGUGGUCAUAAAGUAUCUGGAGUACGUGCGGAUCCCUCACACGGAGCCGGUGGAGCACGAGUUCAGAUGGGGUCAGCGUGCAGAAAUAGAAGUCUCCAAAGCCAAAAUCCUCGAGUUCGUCAGUGAACUCCAUGAACAGGACCCUCAGAGCUGGAGCCAGCAGUACAGAGAAGCUCACGCCCCCCAGACCCCCUCACAGCCCGGCACCAGCAGCCAGAGAUAACCUCCAGCGCGACCUCCGACCCCAGUAUUACAUUUAAUGUUUUAACACUUGUUUUAUUUAUUUUUGUGAAGUGAUGCAGCAGGAGAAACAUUCACAUGUUACAGUCUUCAUCCUGCUCCAACAGAAAACAUGAGGACGUCUCUUAAUCUGACCUCUGACCUCACACGUGUUCAUGUUCAUACUCGGACACAGUUUCAUCUCUUUAAAUGUAAAUGACUUUAAAUAUGACACAGCAAUGAUCACAUAUCCAUUUUUAUUUUAUUGCAUGGAUGUUCAGGGAACAGUUAUUUGUUCUACUUCAGAAAAUAAAAGUUCUUUUUAACACAUGGA